AUGUAUGGGCAUGGCGAUCAUGUCAACGAGAUGAGAACCGACCCUAACAAUUCAAUGAUUUUUGCUUCUGUUUCCAAGGAUACUACCAUAAGGCUCUGGAAUAUCAGAGUUCAAGGACCGAUUGCUAUAUUGGGUGGUUAUGAGGGACAUAAGGAUCAAAUACUCUCUCUGGAUUGGUCACUUGACAGCAAGUACAUCGUUUCUUGUAGUAUGGAUCAUUCGAUUCGACUUUGGUACUUGGGCACAGACAAGUUGCAGGAGCGUAUUCGUGAUAGUAUGACGCUCAAAGGCCAGGCUAAUUUUCAGAGGGAGCUGGCAGAAACCAUACAAAUCCACUAUCCUAUUGCCAUCAACACCGAUCUUCACAAUGAUUACGUCGACUGCGUUCGCUUUUUGGGACAUUACGUUAUAUCAAAGGGAUCAGAUAUGUCGGUGGUCGUGUUCAGAUUCGGCUCAUUUGGUGAAGAAUUCUACAAGAUCAGGCCAAAAUUGCAGGUCUGCUUGAUUAAAUGCAUUGCCAGAGUUUAUGUUCGUUGCUUAUCGUUCUUGGUUAUAGGUCGACACAUCAGCAAUUCAGCUUGUUCGAAUGGAUUUGCCUGA